UCCCUGCUCGAGCUGGAGGUUCGGGAACCCACGUGGGCUGGGUGUAUGGUUGCGCGGUGGUGAGAUUGAGCGGCUCCCUCUGGACCUGGCACCAUGGGGAGGCUGCGCAAGCGGUACAACUUCAAGGGGCGCCAGCAGGCGGCCCCGGACCCCGGGAAGGGUCCCCCAGAGCCGCCUCCGGUGCGACUGGAGCUAGAAGAGAAGGAUGCUUUGAAAGGAGUGGACGCCAGCAAUGCACUCGUCUUGCCUGGGAAGAAGAAAAAGAAGGCCAGAGCCCCUCCCCCAUCCAAGAAAGAGAAGAAGCCUCUCACCAAGAAAGAGCGGAAAAUGCUGCAGAAGGUCUUGGAACAAAAGGAGAAAAAGAGCCAGCGAGCAGAGAUGCUCCAGAAGUUGAAUGAGGUGCAGGUCUCGGAGACGGAGAUGAAGCUCUUUUACACUACAUCCAAGCUGGGCACCGGGGACCGCAUGUACCACGUCAGAGAGAAGCUUUCGGAGGUGGUGGCCCAGGAUCAGAAGAUCAACAGCCUCAGCGGAGCGGGCCGGAAACGCCACCGCCUGGAGUCAGAGGAAGAAGAGUUGGAAAGCUCGGGGGAGUCAGAACCUGACCAGGCCCCCACGACGGAGAUUGUGCAGCAGCAGGGGCCAGCUGUGCAUGUGUCCCCAGCAGUGGGAGAUGACAGUCCAGUGCCCAGUGCUCUGCCCACUCCGGCAGAGCCCCCCAGGCCUCCUCCAGCAGCAGGCCCCACCUUGGCCCGGCCCCCCACAAAGCCCGCCAUCUUCAUCCCUGUGAAUCGCACCCCGGAAAUGCAGGAGGAACGGUUGAAGCUCCCGAUUCUCGCUGAGGAACAAGCCAUCAUGGAGGCUGUGGCCGAGCACCCCAUCAUCAUCGUGUGUGGGGAGACCGGCAGUGGCAAGACCACGCAGGUGCCCCAGUUCCUCUACGAGGCCGGCUACAGCAGUGAGAACAGCAUCAUCGGUGUCACCGAGCCCCGCCGAGUGGCCGCCAUGGCCAUGUCCCAGCGAGUGGCCAAGGAGAUGAACCUGUCACAUCGGGUCGUGUCCUACCAGAUCCGUUACGAAGGCAACGUGACUGAAGAGACCAGGAUCAAGUUCAUGACGGAUGGUGUGCUGCUCAAGGAAAUCCAGAAGGACUUCCUGCUGCUGAAAUACAAGGUGGUGAUCAUUGACGAGGCCCACGAGCGGAGCGUGUACACGGACAUCCUCAUCGGCCUCCUGUCCCGCAUCGUGAUGCUCCGAGCCAAGAGACACCUGCCCCUGAAGCUGCUUAUCAUGUCGGCCACACUGCGGGUGGAGGACUUCACCCAGAACCAGCGCCUCUUCGCCAAGCCGCCCCCCGUCAUCAAGGUGGAGUCCAGGCAGUUCCCGGUGACCGUGCACUUCAACAAGCGGACGCCACUGGACGACUACAGCGGAGAGUGUUUCCGAAAGGUCUGCAAGAUUCACCGCAUGCUGCCCGCAGGCGGCAUCCUGGUGUUCCUGACGGGCCAGGCUGAGGUGCACGCCAUGUGCCGCCGGCUCAGGAAAGCCUUUCCACACACCAGACACAAGCCGCCAGAAGAGGAUGACCAGAAAGAUUCUGCAAAGGAAAUGCGCAAGUUUAAGAAGUCUAGGACAAGGGCAAGGAAGGCCCAGGCAGUGACAGCGUUACCCCAGAUCAGCCUGGACAACUACUCAGUGCUGCCUGUCGGUGAAGGUGAUGAAGACAGGGAGGCAGAAAUGGACGACGAAGAGGAUGCCCUGGGCUCUGACCUCGACCUGGACUUGGGGGACGGUGGAGAGGACACAGGUGGGCAGCCAGAUGCCUCACUCCCCAUGCACGUGCUCCCGCUCUAUUCUCUGCUGGCCCCCGAGAAGCAGGCGCAGGUCUUCAAACCACCCCCUGAGGGGACCCGCCUGUGUGUGGUGGCCACCAACGUAGCCGAGACAUCCCUUACCAUCCCAGGCAUCAAGUAUGUGGUGGACUGUGGGAAGGUCAAGAAGCGCUACUACGACCGUGUCACCGGCGUGUCCUCCUUCCGUGUCACCUGGGUGUCCCAGGCCUCAGCUGACCAGCGGGCAGGUCGUGCAGGCCGAACAGAGCCUGGACACUGCUACAGGCUCUAUUCAUCUGCAGUCUUUGGGGACUUUGAGCAGUUUCCUCCCCCCGAGAUCACACGGAGGCCUGUGGAAGACUUGAUUCUUCAGAUGAAAGCCCUCAACAUCGAGAAGGUCAUCAACUUCCCCUUCCCCACGCCCCCUUCUGUGGAAGCCCUCGUUGCUGCAGAGGAGCUGUUGAUUGCACUGGGUGCCCUGCAGGCUCCCCAGAAAUCGGGAAGGAUGAAGCAGCUGCAGAGCGCCCAGCUGAGCUGCCCCAUCACGGAGUUGGGCAGGACCAUGGCCACGUUCCCUGUGGCGCCCCGCUACGCCAAAAUGCUGGCUCUGAGCCGCCAGCAUGACUGCCUGCCCUAUGCCAUCACCAUCGUGGCCGCCAUGACUGUGCGCGAGCUGUUCGAGGAGCUGGACAGGCCAGCCUCGAGCGACGAGGAGCUGGCCCAGCUGAAGAGCCAGCGGGCGCGGGUGGCCCAGAUGAGGAGAAUCUGGGCUGGGCAAGGCGCAUCUCUGAAGCUCGGCGACAUCAUGGUGAUGCUGGGUGCCGUGGGGGCCUGCGAGUACUCGGGCUGCUCCCCCCAGUUCUGCGAGGCCAACGGGCUGCGGUACAAGGCCAUGCUGGAGAUCCGGCGCCUGCGCGGCCAGCUGACCACAGCAGUCAAUGCCGUGUGCCCAGAGGCCGGGCUCUUCGUGGACCCCAAAAUGCAGCCCCCCUCCGAAAUCCAGGUGACUUACCUACGGCAGAUCGUGACAGCUGGCCUGGGUGACCACCUGGCCCGCAGGGUCCAGAGCGAGGAACUGCUGGAUGACAAGUGGAGGAAUGCCUACAAGACCCCACUUCUCAACGACCCCGUCUUCAUCCACCCCAGCUCUGUCCUCUUCAAAGAGCUCCCUGAGUUUGUGGUCUACCAGGAGAUUGUGGAGACCACCAAGAUGUACAUGAAAGGUGUCUCCACCGUGGAGAUACAGUGGAUCCCCGCCCUGCUGCCUUCCUACUGCCAGUUCGACAAACCACUGGAGGAGCCGCCCCCCAGCUUCUGCCCUGACACGGGGCGCGUGCUCUGCCACCGGGCCAGCGUGUUCUAUCGUGUCAGCUGGCCGCUACCCACCAUCCAGGUGGAUUUUCCAGAGGGUAUUGACUGCUACAAGCACUUCGCCCGCUUCCUGCUGGAAGGGCAGGUCUUCUGCAAGCUGGCCUCCUACAAGAGCUGUUUACUGUCCAGCCCCAACACCAUGCUGAAGACAUGGGCCAGGCUGCAGCCCAGAACCGAGAGCCUCCUGAAAGCCCUGGUCGCCGAGCAGGCCUGCAGCCGGGACACCUUGCUGGCCGCAUGGAAGAAAGACCCCAAAUAUCUACUAGCUGAAUACUGUGAGUGGCUCCCGCAGGCCAUGCACAGCGACGUGGAGAAGGCCUGGCCCCCCACCGGGAACCGCUGACACCCCUCAGCAGGGACCAGGGGCCACGUGACAACCAGCUUCCAGCCUGGCCAUCCUGAGGGACAGGCCCAGCCUCCAGAAGCCCAAUUCUCAGCCUGAGCAUGGGCACUGCUGGCUGCCACAUGGGUCAGGACAGUGUUGUUGUUUUUUAUGACUAUUUAUUCAGGGACAGAUGGUGCCAGUCCCUGUUUGAAGUGCCUUCUGUGGACUACGUUAGUCCCUGAGGAGCAGGGUGGAGUAGGAAAGGGCAGAAGGCAGUGUGGGGGUUCCCUCCAGGGUCCUUCCUCUGCUCUGUCCUUCUGGACAUGGGGAGUCGCACCCCCAUCCCUCAGUAAAACGGGACCUGGUUUCACAGUGCCCCCAGCUGCCCACCAGGAGCCUCCUCUUCGGUGACAAAGAGCUGACUUUGGACAUUCUUGGUGCCCCGCAGACGGGUGCUCACACUGGGGACCCCAGCCCCUUACUCUCCUUCCGCUUUUCCCUGGUUGUAAGGAAGGAAGGGUGGAGGAGACUGCCCUUCUCCAUGGUGAGGGUCCCCACUGAGCUCCUGGGUGGGCUGCUUGCCACCGGAAUAAACACUUCCGCCACCCAGA